CUCAUGUCCUCAAGUUACACAUGAUACCUUCGUCUUCUAUUCAUUCUUCUUUCCCAUAUAUUUAGGUCCAUCAAGCCAUCUCUGUAUUUUUUUCUGGGUUGAUAAAUUCCUGUACCAUAUUAGAUAACUGCCAGUAAGAGUUUUGCCAUCUUUGCACAAGCACAAAGCCACAAACAAGGGAUAUAAAUAGUAGACCGUGCAUAGUUGAUAAGUCCUUGCACUGUAUUAGAGAGACAGAUUCGUGAGUUUGUCUUCACCUAGGCAACUUGGACCCUAAAACCAUACACUACAUCCAUAUAGGUAAUACAAGAGCAGUGCAACCUGUAUCAGGCUUCACCCUUGUUAGGCAUGGAUGAGAGAAGUGAUAUGGACAAGUCAGAGGAGGUACUUCUGCCUGGUUUCCGGUUUCAUCCGACAGAUGAAGAGCUGGUAGGUUUUUAUCUCAAGCGAAAGAUUCAGCAGAAACCCCUUUCAAUUGAGCUCAUCAGGCAGCUGGACAUCUACAAAUAUGACCCAUGGGAUCUUCCAAAACUUGCAAGUUCUGGGGAAAAAGAAUGGUAUUUCUACUGCCCAAGGGACCGGAAGUACCGUAAUAGUGCUAGACCAAACAGAGUCACAGGAGCUGGAUUCUGGAAAGCAACAGGAACAGAUAGGCCCAUUUACUCCUCCGAGGGAACCAAGUGCAUAGGCCUGAAGAAGUCUCUUGUCUUUUAUAAAGGGAGAGCAGCAAAAGGGAUCAAGACUGACUGGAUGAUGCAUGAGUUCAGGCUUCCUUCACUAACUGAUCCAUCACUUCCUAAAGUACCAAUAGACAAAAACAUUCCAGCCAAUGAUGCCUGGGCUAUUUGUAGGAUAUUUAAAAAGCCUAGUUCAAUGGCACAAAGAGCGCUAUCCCACUCCUGGGGUCCUCAGUCAACUGCAACAAUAGAGCCAGAUCUCUUAUCUGCCCUGCAAUCCAUACAAGCUUCACAUUUUGCUUUCGAAAGCUCCCCUUGCUCAGCAGAAGUUGCAAUACCUGUGAGUCGGCUCAAUAGCCAGCAUUACUUUCAUGAGCAGCAGCAGCAGAAACCCAACAGUUCACAAAAUGGCUCUUCAUGUAAAGUCAUAAAUUUCAGCCGUGGUCCGUCUUUAACUCAUAUAUCAGACAAAGACAUCCAUAGUGGUCCAAUCAUCUUUCCAUUUGAAACACAGACCCUCCAGAGGUCAUCAGAUGCCGUGCUUUUCAGCAUAGCCCCUGGAAUAAUCAAUAGCAUGAAUGAAGCCUCGCCAGAGAUAGAGUUUGAACACCCUGAACAGUGCAACGGGUACGCAGUUGAUUGGGUUAUAGACACAAAUGAAGGUAUUGGAAAUAGGGACGAAGAUCCAUAUACAAGAAAACCUGACAAUGGACACAAUACAGGCAAUGAGUAUGGAGUUCCACCCAAAAUAAAAUUCCCCUUUGAUUUGGGGUUACAUUCUUCAGAUGAUUGGAUAUCCAAUGUGCCAUGUGAAUCUCUCAAUUGUCCCCCUGCCUCUCCGAGAGAUGUCCAAUAG